AUGUUUCAGCUUUGGAAGUUUGUUCUCUUGUGUGGCCUGCUCACUGGGACCUCAGCGAAUCUUCUUGAGGGACUUGGCAGUAGCCUGAGUAAUAUUGUAGAGAGCCUGAAACCUAUUGUUGAUAAAGGACUUGAGAAUGUUGAAUCUAUUCUUCAUAACCUGAGGGACGACUUCAGCUCGCUUCAGGAUACCAAUGCUUGGCAAACUGUCACCGGCAAGUUCCAGCAAGCUAAAGAUGUGUUGAAUAAUGCCCUUUCUAAACUAUUUCCAAAUAGGAACGUAGCUGCAGGGUUGAAAAUCAGUAAUGUCCGCAUCUUGGCUAUGAAAGCCCAACCAGCUCCUGAUGGCCAAGGCGUUCUCCUAAGGAUCCCCACCACUGCUAAUGUCGCCUUGACCCUGCCUCUCAUUGGGCAGACAGUCCACCUGAGCGCUUCCUUGGACAUCCUGGCUACCGUCAACAUUGAAACUGAUCCCCAGAGUGGUGAACAAAGAGUGGUCAUGACAGAUUGCGCCAACGACCCAGACAGCAUCUCAUUCACCUUGCUGGGCAAACACAGCGCAUUGGUCAACAAGCUCACAGACAAUUUAAGCAGCUUCCUGAGCAAAACUGUGACCUUUGUGAUGCAGAACCAGAUAUGCCCAAUGAUACGAGUUUUCGUCUCCACCCUGGAUGUGAAGGUUAUUCAGGAUAUCAUCAAUAAUAGUGAGCCGGGAUCCGAAGUGCCAGUCCUUGCCUGAAGAGGGCAGAUGAGGAGGACUGCUGUAAUGCCCCAA